AUGAGUUACGACAGCACGGACGGCACUUACCAUAGUGCCUGGACACAGCAAAACUAUGGAAAGAGCAGCGAAGCUUACACACAAGGUGCCAGCGGGUAUUCCGGUCGCGGUAGGCACACGUACCCACAGCCUGGUAUUGAUACGUCGUACUACCAGUACCCACACGGCGGCGAUGGAAGUCCACAGUACUCGUACAGCGAACAAGGUGCACCCAGAGCCCCAUACGUACAGAGCACAACUACCGCGAGUAGUGCAUACACUGUUCUGAGUCCGACAAACGGAUAUGCAGGCGGUCACCAGCCAAGUCAAUACGACAGUGCAACACUGCAGUACAGCCAACAACCCCAAGUGUGGCCCCAUACUCAACCAAGUCCGGUAGUACCUGGGAGCCAGGGAAUGAUGCAGCCACAUUUCGUUACAUCACCAGUCGGAUAUGGGAAUCCCCAAUUGCCACUUGUUGCGCCGAGGACAAACGUGGAUGCAGGCUCAGGUUACGGUUCUCCCAACGCCUGGUCAAAUGGCGUCUCUUCAGCGCUAGGGUCGUCGACUGGACACCAAACGACUACCGGACGGUCCACGGAGAGUAGUGCCGAGUACGUCGUCCCUUGCCCGUACAAUUGCGGAACAGUUUUGACUGGCGUACAUGCUGUUGGCAACAUGACGCGACAUCUCAAGUCCCAGAACUGCGUUGCGUCCGGGAAAGAUAAGACGAGAUACGCUUGCCCUGUGCAAGGCUGCGACAAGCGGUACAUUCGAUCUGAUGGGUUGAAGGUCCAUCUCCGGAAGCGGCACAACAUCUCGCAAACGCCUGACAGGAAUGGCAGUUCUGAGUGUGAGGAGAAUGAGUACGAGUACAGCUGAUAUGAGAUUGCUCAGUAUCUAGUUCGUGUCAUGGGCGGGUGCUGAAAUGGUCAUUCUGAUAUUCGCGGGGGUGUUCCUCUUGUACAUCUAGCGCUCUUUGGUUUUACGGAAUUGGCGCCUUUGUGUGUUGCAUUGUGGCUUAUUGUGUCGAUGAUGUUCCUUUGGCAAAAGGUGGAGUUGGGAAACGUGAUGUGCUGUCCCUGACCGCUGGUCGACCAAUGCAGCGGGGAUACGACCUUUGGCUUGAGGAUAAUCAUCAUGGCGGUAGAGAGUAGAUUACCCUGGGGGCUUUUCGCGUUAUCUUGAGCCCAUUGGUGAUGUAUGAGAUUGUGA